GCACCUCCAACACCCAAUUGACCACACGCACGCCGGGAGCAGCGCGCAUUGAAACACAGCUUGCUGUUGCAACUCUUGCCCCGCACGCCCUAACUAGCCCUGCACAAAAGACGCAGUGUGUCGCCUCACCUUCACCUACUCGUGUACAUGGAUAAAGGCAACCAACCCUAUAUAGAGUACUAGAGAAGCCGGCAAACCACAAUGACGGACCGCAUGAUAGUCGGCACCAACGCGCUCCCCAGCAACCCGACGCCGCUGUCGGCCCCGCAAGAACAGCAAGUCCGCGACCUGUACUACAAAAACGUGCGAGCCAAAUGCGCAAAGGAAAUCGAAACGUUUGCCUCGUGCGCGCUCGGCCGCACAUUCACCAUGAUCUAUGCGUGUCGACAGCCGCGCCUUGCCAUGAACAGCUGUAUGCUGCAGUACCAGAAUCAGGAUGAGUUGGACAAGGCGAGGGCCGAGUGGUUUGCGCUUGCGGGAGAGAGAAAGAAGGCCAGAGAAGAGCAUCAGAGGAAAUUAGAAGACGCCAGGAAUAAGCACAAGGAAUGGUGGAAUCUAGACGAGCAGGGACGAACAACUGGCAAGAGGGCGGAGCAGGUCAAUGAGGCGGGGUUGAGGCGGCGCGAGGAGAAUCGCGUCGAUGAUAGGGGCGUUACGAGGGGUGGGAUAUAUCGGGGGACGUGAUGGGAUGCGGUGCGUCCACAUUGACACGUCUAUCAGAGACAAAAAGAAAAGAAACAGCAUUUG